GAAUGUUUCGAUAUGAAGGCUUGUUAUUCAAUUCUUCUGUUUGCUUUCAGUGGGACAAUUGCUCGCAGUGAUAUAGCAAAUUGCGUUCUUGAUUACAAUCCAAUUUGUGUUGUACAUGAGGACUGCGGUUUCACACUGAAUAGCAAAUGCUUGUUAGACUUGCAUAAAAAGUUUAUUUAUAACAAAAAUCAAGCGACUUUUGAAUCAUUUAUAAGUGGACCUUGUCCAAAGGAUAAAAAACGGUGCCCAUACAAAAAUUAUUUAGCAGGAAAAACGUUUGAUAAUGUUUCCAAAUAA